AUCCCUUACUUACAACAGCAUUGAGGGCUCCAUUCCAUCAACAUUCGCUGCUCUCACAACGCUGAGCACAUUGAUGCUGGGAAAGAACGCCAUGGACGGCACCAUCCCACCCGUCCUCUCCGCCACCCUCAAGGAUCUUGACCUUUCUGAGAAUCACUUCUCUGGCGCCAUCCCACCCUUCAUGGGCACAUUCUCGGGCCUCACAAACUUGGACCUCAAUGUGAACAACUUUUCAGGGGCCGUGCCAAGAUCUCUCACCAACCUUUCCAAUCUCAUGUUCAU